AUUAAAAUUCAACUUCUGCUAAGCAAUGAAAACACAUGACUGGAUAAUUUUGUGACUGACGACGACGUGAGAAAGUGAGAUUAUUUUAUUGUCUGUUGAAAUUUUGUCCGUAGAUAAACUUAAUUUAUCUCACGCAAUCCUUAAAUGUGUGUGCGUGAAGAGUGAAAUAUUGAAAUCUGCCACACAAUUAAGCCUAUUGCAUUCUUAUUUUAACUUUUUUUUAUAAUAAUACAAAUAUUAAUUUAGUCCUACUUUGAUAUCCAUCAACAAAACAUGGGGGACAGGCAGGAGAAUAGUGAGCAGACCGCCCAGCCUCGUGGUUUCGAGGCUCUCAAAAUUCACACACUGGAACAUAAAGUGGAUGUUGCUUUGUGGACUACUCGCCUUCUCACAAUCUUCUUCACACUUGCUUAUUUCAUUCCAUUGUUUGGGAACCCGUAUAAUGCGUACUACAAGGUCUUGAUGGCUAAUGCUGCCACCUCUGCCCUGAGACUACACCAGCGACUUCCUGGUGUCUCAUUUGACCGAGAGUUCCUGUCUCGUCUCCUCACCGAGGACAGCUGUCACUACCUCUUCUAUUCACUCAUCUUCCUCUAUGUGGCUCCUGUCACUUUUGCUCUGAUGCCGGUGUUCUUGUUUUCCGUGAUCCACUUCUCUAGUUACUCUCUCACUCUGCUAGAUCUGAUGGGACACAACUCAUGGUGGGGAGCCCGACUCCUAAUUUCUCUUGUUGAGUUCCAGUCCCGCAAUAUUCUGCGACUCAUCGCCUUCUCUGAGAUCUUUCUCAUGCCUUACACAGUCAUUCUCAUCUUUUUGGGCAAAGCUGGGUUGCUGACACCAUUCGUGUACUAUCACUUCCUGUCACAGCGCUACAACUCGCAACGCAACCCAUAUACCCGCAACAUGUUUCAUGAGCUGCGCAAUGCAGUGGAGGGGAUGGCCAACAAGCCCAACAUGCCAGGGAUGGUGCGCAACGCACUCAUGUCCAUUGUGGCAUUUACGUGUCGCCUAGCUCCCCCACAACGCCCAGCCCAACAGUAAUUUGGCUUGGCAUGUCAACACUAUCUAUAAGAUAAUUAAUUAUAAGACGAUAAAGACUUGAGUUUCUUUGAUACUAAUAUAUAUAACGUCUUAAUAGUAUUAAGAUAUCUCUGUGCAGUCUAUUUGUUAUUAAAUGUUCAGCCGAUAAUGUUUGUUCUCUUAGUUCAUAGUUAGAAAUAUUUUAUAAAAGUUUGUAAAUGAUUAAACUGUUUCUAUCAGUUUCUAAAGCUAACAACAGUUUUGCUAAGUUAACAAGGAGUGAUUUUAAUAAACAUUUAAUCAUUACUAAAUUAUUAAUUAUUAUUAUUUAAUUAUACUAAAUUGUGUUUGUAUCAAAAGCUUAUCAUAUUGACAAUUAAUCAAAAUUAAUGUGUUGAACUAAACAAGUAAGUAUUUUAUCAAAUCAUCACAAAAUUUAUUCCUUUCUCCAAACUUAAAGUCCUAUUGGAAAAAUCUUAAUGCGUAGUAGGAUUAAAAAUCAUUCUUUUGUGAUUAAUUUUAAUGUUGUUUAAAACAAACAUAUUUAUGCUAUUUAGUGUCUUGUAUUUAAAGACAAUGAUUAUAUUAUUCGUAAGUUUAUUAUUGAAAUUUGAAAAAAAUUAUAUUUGUUAAUUAUUUAUUUCAUCAUACUUGUUUUGUUUCGGAAUCCAUGACUUCUCUAGAAUGUGAACUAUUAGAUUUGUUUGGUUGUAAAUGUUAGCCAGGGCCAUUAUGCUGUACAGGAGUUAUUAGGAUUUCCAUGACAUAUUUCCUAUUUAUCCAGUUCCUCUCAUUAGAGAGCUGAGUGCAUUAUUUAAUAAACGUAAAUUAUUACAUAAAUAUGUUUAUAAAAUAUUUCUAAAUGAUCUUUCAACUACUGGCAAACCAUUCUCCCCUUUUAUUAUUAUUAUAUUAAUGAUUGUCGGUCAUAAAAAUUUAAUUUACGGAAACCAUUUACCAUUAAAUUAGAAGUACUGUUAUGGAAACAAAGAUGGUGUAAUCCAUUUAAAAAUAGUGCCGGCAGUUGGUGACCAACAUGAAACUAUCUUUGUUGCAAUAUUAUAGGCUAUUUUGGGCAUGACCCCUCUACAUGCCAUUCUUCAUAUUGCCAUAUCUAGAAAAUUAUUUCAGUGGGAUUCACAAGGGGGUGUGGAAUGUCAACAAGGUAAUAAGGACCAACAAGUCCUCCUCUGGAAAAUGUCUGAAAGUUAAGAUACUCAUUAAAAACCUUAAAAACAUUUUAAGAAUGUGUUGAUAAACUAUAAUUCUCUGAUGCAAGUUUAUGAUAGAUUCUAGAUAGACAAGUUCUAGAACAUGCCCUAAAACAUCCCCAGCAAGCUGUAAGAUUUGUAUUGUUUAUUUUUUGGCCUAGAAACAAUAUUUCUAUAUGACAAUAAGAAAAAUACCAUAUUCAAAUGCUUAUUCAUUUAGUGGGCUUUCAAAUCCAUGUUAUCUAAUUUAAUGUAAUGUAAUAAAAACACAUUAAUAAAUGAAUAUUACUUUAUUGAUACAAAAUUUAUUUCUAAAAUGAUCCAUUCUGCCAUUUAGACAAAACAUAGAUCAAAAUAUAAAUGAGUAAAUGAAGUAGGAUUUGGACACUUUUUUGUUCUUUAAUGUAAUUAGUUACAGAAUUAAUGUGUCGCCACCAGUUUAGUGUUGUUCAAACAUGUUCAUUUAAUAUUUGUGAACUAGCAAUUGAAUCAAACACCGUGCAAAAUAUGGUAAAUUAAUAGGUCUAUUGUCACAUAUUUAUUACUAACAAGUAAUUAUUUCAAUGCAUAAUUAAAUUAAAUUGUCAUUGGUUAUAACUCCAUGUAAUCUGCCGGUAGACGAAAAUCCUCAAAACUCAGAAUGAAUAUAUUGCAGAGGAUAGAAACAAUUUGGCUCUUAUUUUGGGCUAAUGGAGAAGAUACCUUAAUAGCACUGUCCAAUAUUACAAUGUUUGGAUUAUUUCAUUAUUUGCUAUUUGUUUAUUUAGAUGAAAAAUAUCAAACGUAGGUGGUUCCACAGCUAAACAAACCCGAAACAGAUGGUGACAACCAAUUAUGUUGAAAUUUACAUGUUUAAGUUUAAAAUUCACCCUUAACAUAUCACACAAUGCCUUUUUGUAUUUUCUGAUUGUUUUGCAUCAUCAUUAAAAUAUCUCCAGAAACAUAGAUGAAGAGUAAUUCAUUGUUUAUUAAAACUUUUGAUGAUAUUAGCUUACGAGUAUAUUCUUGUUUUUAUAUUAAUACAUAAUAUUAACGGUUGGAUAAAUAUUAAUUUUUAAUAUGCAUUUUUUAUACUUUUUUUAAAUUUUACAAUAUUUUGUUUGGAUUAAAUUUAAUUAUAUGAACAAUGUUUUUUUUUAUAGAGGUUAGUCUUAGUAUUAAUUAAUAUUUUAUAAAGGAUUUGGGAUUAUUAGAGGUUAUGAAUUAUGUUUGUAUAAGUUUCAGUGUAAGUUACUAAUGGUUAAGUUGUUAAUAGUUCAUUUCAAAGUCAUUUGCUGUAUGUGUAUAGAUGUUUUUACCGUAAUUUGAAGAAGUCAGUAAACAAAAUUAAUUUUGUAAGAUGCAAAAAUAUGUAUUAUACAAAUUAAAGUAUAAAAUAAUUUUAACAUAGACAUUACCAUAACACUCUUGAACAUGAUGUUAUUUCUAAUGGGUUUUAGAAAACUGUAUAUAACGAGUAGCACCCCAACUGAACUGCAAGUGUAUACAGGGAUAACAUUGUUUUAACACCAUUGUCUAUUACAGGCUAAUCCCGCUCAAUAUCAAACACAUUUCAAUAUGUUAAAUAUUCAGGCAACUUGUGUGUCUUUUAUAAUUUCAGUUUACCUUUUAAACCUGUUAAGAAUAUAUAUACAUUAUUUUUCAUCUGUAAUAAAACCACUUUCAAAUGGUGUAGUUUCUUUCAAAUUAAAUUCUUGACUGCUUUAAUGAUUGCAUUACUCCUUUACUAUGCACAUACAAAAAUGUUUGUUAUUUAGUUGUGAUUGAGUUAGUUGUUUAUGAUUUGAUUACAAAAUCGUGUGUUGUGACAGUGGUGAUGCACGUAGUACAGUUACUGCCCAAAGUAUUUUUCUACUCACAAACAUUCCCAAGGGAUGGUGCAGUUAGCUGCAAAGAUAAGGACAUGGAGCAAUCCCUAGCACUGCAUUUUUGAUUGUCAAUACAUUGUAAAUACAAUUUAUAUCUAAGAUUUUCUCCCUACCCUUAGGUUCUUAUUUGUUUUGUGGUAUAUGAAUUUGAAUAAAAAGUAUGUAUUAA